AUGCCCUUCCUUCAUGCCCGGCAGGUCCAGCAAAUGGCGGACAAGAACCAUCCCAACAUUGUGCGGCUGCUUGGGUUUGCAGUGGGGGGAGACAUGAGGACGCGGCCAGAGCAGGUUCUGAUCUACGAGUUUGUACCCAACGGUGACCUCGAGAAGUGGCUGGAUCCAACAAAGGCACCAUUCCCUUUGACCCUGCCGCAGCGGCUGGGCAUCCUGAUUGGGGCAGCGCGGGGCUUGGAGUAUCUCCACAGCUUUGGCUUCGUGCAUCGCGACAUCAAACCCGCCAACAUCCUCAUCACUGCUGACAUGCAGGCAAGAAGAGUAUAA